AGAAAGGGGCGGUACAUGAUGUCGCUUUGUAAAGUAUUCUCUCCCUUGCAACCACUACCCGUUCAGAUUGUUCACUGUAUUCUGUACUCGAGUACUCAGUAUUCACAAUUCACAAGCUUGUUUUAAAAUUGGAUCUUCCGUUCUCGGUAAGGAAGAGGGGGGCUUUGUUGGGAAGGCCAGUGCGUGUAUGGUACAACUUCCAGAAGCUCCAAAAUGAGAGGUCUGUGGUGGUACUGGUACCGGUACCACUUUCAUGUAACGAUGCUCCAAUACGGUAUCUACUCUAUAACUGCAAAGAUUUGAUUGAUCUAAAAGACCAACGCAAAUGGCCUGUUUCAUGAUCUUCUUAUUUCCAUUUUCUCCCCCACCUUCUUUUCUUGAUGCCGAUGGAAUAUUUGAGGAGGAGUCAUCCGUGUGCGUACAUGUAAAGCGUAAAGUUAGAAGGAUCCCAUCAUCGCAUGGCUGCUGCUGCCUCGGCGAUUGGAGGCAGAGCUCUGGUUCUUUGAGCCGAUGAGCAUCAGCUAUAGAAGAUCCGAUGCAACUUGAAAGCAAAAGAUACAGCUAGCUAAACAGCACCACCAUGGCGACGGCUCCUGCUACCUCCGACCAACUGCAGGCAAUGCGAUGGCAAGAGAUUACGUCGUACAAAACCUUUGACUACGUUCAGCUGUCCGCUUCCGCCAAUGCAUCUUUGCCGUUGAAUUCUGGAGAUCAGACGGUUGCAUCCGAUGCCUCGGGGCUCCAAGUACCAGUGCAGCCGCCUUGCCUCCCAAUGAUCUCUCCUCAAUGGAGACAAGUCAUCUGCGAAUGGGCCUACAAACUGGUGGAUCACUUUGAUUGUCCUCGAGAAGUGGUGGGUGUUGCUAUGAACUUUGUGGAUCGAUAUCUCUGCAAUGUAUCCCUGCGCCACGACAGCCAAAGCCUGAGCAAACGAGAGUUCAAACUGCUCUGUCUGGCGUGUCUUUUCUUGGCUUUCAAGCUGGAAAAGCCCAACCUGAUAUCCUUGGAUGCCCUCUUGACUCUGAGCCGUGAUCUCUUUACACGAGCUCAGCUGGUGGCCAUGGAACGCUCCGUCCUGAAAGAACUUCGGUGGCGACUCCAUCCACCUACGGCCUUUAGCUUUCUAGAAUACUACGCCCUUCAGUUGCGAACCCCUGCCUCCUCCACAACGGCCAAUGCGGACUAUUGUGAAGAGAUCCUGGACACGGCCCGGUUUCUAGUGGAACUCUCCGUCAUGGAUUAUCACUUUGUCAGCCAACGACCGUCCCAUGUCGCCAUUGGUGCUCUACUCAAUGCCUUGGAUGACAACCCGACCAUCCGUUUGAAGGUCGAUACCUACGCCAUGUCACACCUGCUCUCGUUAGUUUCUCCCGUGGAAGUUCCAGAGAUACUACGCUGCAAGACGCGUCUCCGAGCCAUUCAUGUGCAAGUCACAGACCCACAACCGUGCUUACCCACGGAGCAGCAGCACCCACAAACCUUUUUGCCCGCCCAGUGCCCACAACCAUGGUUGCCAUCCCACCAUGCCCCCUCCGAGCAGCCCCCACAACCAUGGUUGCCAUCCAACCAUGCCCCCAGCAUCAUUGCGCAGCACCCGUCCCAAACAGCCAAUGUCCCCACGGAGCAGCAUCCACAAUCUCCUACCAGCGACGACGGUCCACAACCGCCGCCAUCCUCAUCCGUGCAUCACGAGAUUGUCUCUCCCGUCCAUGUUUUGUUCCAAUACACGUUGGAUUCCUUCUACAAGUAGCUUGUUGUGUGUGGAAGCUGGUUUUGGCUGGUGUGGGCCGACUUUUUGAAUCAGAUUGUGUGACAUUGAGCAUGUCAGUCGCUCCUGCCUGUAUCGUACCGGGAGAAAUGUUGGCUAGCUACAAGUAAAGCAUCCUCUAAAGUUUUGUUCAGUUUUG